AUGUCGAGAAACCUGAUGACCGUCAAACUGAUGCCUUUUUUUCAGUAUUUCAUAACUUCGCAACGAUGGAACGAUCCGAAAUCGCAGCUGCAACAGUGCUGCCUAACAUUACGCCAAAUGGAUGGUGGUGAACCGGACAUACCGGAGUACCGAACGAUAGCUGUCGAGGGCCCAACCAAUACAAGGGUUUAUAAGGUCGCUGUGUAUUUUAGGAAGAAACGUUUGGCAGUUGGCGCUGGACAUACAGUGCAAUUGGCACAAAUGCGCGCAGCGGGAAAUGCGCUCAUUAAAAAAGCGUAUCUGUUUCCAACGCUGAAAAAUACAACAAAAGUCUGUGCUUCUAAAGAAUUGCAGGAAAAUGCUAAUAAUGGAAAAAAGAAACAGGAUUCGUCUAAUCGACUGAGGCAGCGUUCUUCGCUUGGUCCCGCACGUGGAAGGAAAGAAUGUGCUGGACCAUCAGCAGCACCUGGUGCUAGCUCUGAUUCAAAAUCACACAUAAAAUCCUUGCUUGAUCUCAAAUUUGAUAGCGAAGGACACCUGUUAUAG